AGCUGAAACACAUCAGUGCACGAAACGAGCGAAAAGUACUCAGCGGGGAAGAUGGCAGUUCUUCUUUUCCUGAUGAAAUAAACCCCGAACUUCACGUUGUCGGGGAUGCCAAGCACGUUCAAGGAUUCCGCGAUGUCUACAAGAAUCAAACUGAGAUGGCAUACAUCGAAUACGUGUGCGUUCUUCUAAAUGGAGUAAAUUUAAUCUUCGAAAAUAUGACUGCACCUAGGAUUCAAAUCAACCUAGUCAAGGUGACAAUGAUAACGGAUAACAGCACGGACAUAUUGGUCAUGAAUGCUACUUACGUCAAUGGAAGAGAAACAUUGGAAACCAAGUUCAGGGUCUUUGUGUUGAACAAGACGCGAAAUAUUACUGACAUGGUGUAUCUACUAACUGGGCAUAACGUCGUCGGAAUGCACAGAGGAAUGGUUUCAACAUUUGCAAUGGGGGAAGCUAUUAAAGACGGGCUCUGCAACCACCCAAACAAUACUGCCAUAGGGGAGGAUGGACCUGGUUCCUACAGCGGGUUUGUUACAAUGGCACGCGAGUUGGCUGAACUUAUGGGGGCAAACAUUACAGCUCGUAAAACAUACUCCAAUGGAACAGCGUGCAAUGACUCCUCUGAAUUUAUGUUCGACCACAAGACCGAGUACAGGUUCACGGACUGUGCUGAAGCUGGCAUGCGGGAAAUUUUGAGGGUUACACUCACUGCUGAAUUCUUGGGCAACGGGAUCAAGUACCGUGAGGAG